ACACACAAAUUAAACCUAUAGUGACCACAACAAUGGCAGCCACUAAGAUCAUCACAAAAAUUGUUGCCACACUCCUCCUAGUCCUAGUGGCUCUGGCGGCGGCUCCGGGCACGGAGGCGCAGUCCCCGACGGCGUCUCUGGUGGGGUUGGCGCCGGUGCCGGUGCCGGCUGGGACAUUCGACUGUGUGAAUGAGCUGAUAAACAUGUCGGACUGCCUGACAUUUGUGGAGGCAGGGAGCAAAUUGAAUGAGCCGAAGAAGGCUUGCUGCCCGGAACUCGCCGGAAUGGUGGAGACGCAGCCGGUUUGCUUGUGCCAGCUUCUCGCCGACCCGGAGAAUGUGAUCGGAUUCAAAAUUGAAAUGAAAAAAGCUCUCGACCUCCCUUCCCUCUGCAAACUUAAUACGCCUUCUACUAGCUUGUGCUCAGCAAUUGGUAUCCCAGUUGGGGCUCCUACAACUACUCCUGCAGGUAAGUUUCCUUCAAGUCCAGGAGGUGGGAACAAUCAUGAUAGUGCAGCCAUAAGAUCAUCAGUGACAUUCUUGAAGAAGAGUUUCCUUCUUGGAUUGGCAAUUGUGGGUUUUGCAGCUCUAUUCUGAUAGACGAUCCAAUUAACUUAUGCACGUACUAUAUAUAUCACGUUCUGCAUUUUAAUUUCAUUGAUUGUAUACUAUAUGUUCUCGUUUAUAGCUUUUGAUUAUUAUUUUUCUUUUUUUGACAAUGGGUUAUAUACAUUAAUUUAUUUAUAUUUUGAUAUAAUAAAAUACAUCAUUCAUUGCCAACUUACAAA